GAUGGAGGCGAUGGAGGUGAGCUUCAAUGUGGGGCGCUGCAGCGCGCCGGACGUUCCCGUGGCGCACGGUGGCGCCGCGGCGGCGGAGUCGGCGCUGGCGGUGGUGGAUCCUCUCCAGAAGCGAGUGACCUUCAACCCUAGGUACGAGCAGAUGUGGGCGCCCAUGGAGGGGCCGAUCCACCCCUACAACAAGGACGGCCUCUCGCGGGGGAUGAAGAACCACGCGCUGGGCGUGGUGGAGGACUCGUCCAUCUCGCCCUUCACCUUCGACGAGCAGUACCACACAUUCCAGGCGUUUGGCUAUGCCGCGGAUACCUCGGCUCCAAAUGGUGCCAAUUUGAUCGGCGACCCGGACAAGAUCAAGGACAAUGCCGGGCUCACAGUCUUCAACAUCCCACAGCACGAGCUCAAGAAGAGGAAGGCCGAGGGGCGGCUGGAGAGGGUCCAGGAGCUCGAGGGUGGCCUGGAUCCUUCCUCGGACGAGUGGCUGGCCAAAUCCAUCACGAGCCCCUGGGCCGGGACGCGCAAGGGGAUCCAGGUGGAGAUGACCGACGAGCAAAAGAUGUAUGCCGAGGAGCACGCCAAGAAGAAGCUGGCCAGGGAGGCCCGAGAGGCCGGUAUCAAGCCCGAGGUGCCGGACUCCACCGAGUUCCAUGGCGACGAGCACGUCGACUACCAGGGGCGCUCUUGGGUCGUUCCUCCGGCGGAUGUCAAGGCCGCAAACGAUCGAUGCUUCUUCCCCAAGCGCUGCAUCCAUACGUGGGUCGGGCACAAGGGGAAUGUGAUGACGAUCCAGUUCUUUCCAAAGUAUGGCCACCUCCUGCUCUCCGGGAGCAGCGACCACCAGGUGAAGAUCUGGGACGUGCAUAACCACAGGAAGUGCGUGAGGACGUACAAGGGGCACAGCGCCACUGUUCGUCACGUUUCCUUCACCAACGACGGGCUCAAGUUCCUGAGCGUGAGCUACGACACCAAGAUCAAACUUUGGGACACGGAGACGGGCAAGGUGAUCUCGUCCUUCACCACCGGGAAGACGCCUUACGUCGCCAAGCUGCACCCGGACGAUGACAAGCAGAACGUGUUGAUGGUGGCGAUGAAGGACAAGAAGGUUGUGCAGUGGGACGUGGACAGCGGCAAGAUCACGCAGGAGUAUGACCAGCACUUGGACGCCGUGAACACCAUCACGUUUGUGGACAACAACCGGAGGUUCAUCACGUCCAGCGACGACAGGUCCCUCCGCGUGUGGGAGUUUGGGAUCCCGGUGGUGAUCAAGUACAUCAGCGAGCCGCAUAUGCACUCGAUGCCCAGCAUCGCGGUUCAUCCAAACGGCAAGUUCUUCGCGGCACAGAGCAUGGACAACCAGAUCCUCGUCUACGACACCAAGGAGCGCUUCCGGCUCAACAAGAAGAGGUUCCACGGCCACGUAACCGGGCUGGGCUGCCAGGUGAACUUCUCCCCCGACGGCAAGUAUGUCAUCUCGGGGGAUGGAUCGGGGCGGUGCUGGUUCUGGGACUGGAAGACCACCAAAGUUCUCCACAAGCUCCACUGUUUCAAGCGGGUUUGCCUGGGCUGCGAGUGGCAUCCGCUGGAGCAGAGUAAAGUCGCCACCUGCGGCUGGGAGGAUGGUAGGAACGCUGGGAAGGACGGAGUUGGCAUCAUCAAGUACUGGGACUGAGCAACGUGUAUUUAUAAUUUAUAGCGCUCUCAAGAGUAACCGUGAAAGACGUAGUUCCUCCUUGUUGGGCUCAAUCUCGGUCCGAUCUAGGCAAAGUAUGAAGUUCUUACUUCGAGGUCCGCCACCUUGUAAACGGCUUACACGGUCUUCAGUCUUCGGUCUUCGGUCUGCGGUCUCAAACUCUGACCGUUGAAAAGACAAUCUCAACUCAAACGUUAUAUUCAUAUUUUUCCCUUAGGGAAGAACAAAUUA